CCGGAGUCGCGGUGGAUUACCGGAUACCGGGUCCGGGCGGAGGGCAAAAGGGAGGGAAUGAACCGGGACAGCGGGUACGUGGUCACCAGUGUCACUGUGUUUGUAUUCAAUGGGUUUUUUCUUUUUUUCUCCUCUUUUGAUUGUGAGUGAGUCUCCGUGCUGAGAGAGAGAGAGAGAGAGAGAGAAGGAGGAGAGAGAGAGAGAGGGAUAUCAUGGCCGCUCAGGUCGCUACAAGCGUCGCCUCUCUCAACACGAGCCCGCCAUCCGAACUCAAAAAGCCGGAUCGGGACCCGCAGGAGGAGUCGGUACCGGGGGAGAAGCAGCAGCAGCAGCAGCAUGAAAAUAAGGAACCAGGAGGAGGUGGUGGUGGAGGUGGAUCGCCCGGGCAGAAGGAGCUGCAGGACGGGAGCGACGCUGCAGGAGGAGGAGGAGGAGGAGGAGGAGGAGGGGAGCCCGACAUGAAGAACGGGAACGGGAGUGUGCCCAGGGUGAAUAAUAAUACCCAGAAUGAUCCCGGAGGCCCCGAGGGGAAUAACCACCCCGGGAUGGGACACCACCACCCGGGCCCCUUUCCUCCACCUCCUUACGGCUACAACCAGCACUACAGCCGGGCUCCUUUUCAUCAACAUGGCGGACAACAAAGCCCUGGCAUGGCAGCUGCAUCGGGGCCGGGCAUGAUGGACCCGUAUCCCCCUAACUCACACGAGCACGGAUACCCCACCAACCCCAGCUCCAACCCCAACCCCAGCCAUUAUAACAGCUACAGCCCCUUCCAGAGCAGGACUUCCUACCAGGGCUACGGGGCCAUGAACUCCCCGCGCAACAACCAGCCUCCGGCGGCUGGUGGGGGGCAGCCAGGCAAGCAGCAGCCUGCAGGAGGAACCACUGCUAUGGCUGCUUCUUAUAAUAACCAGAGGUAUAACAUGGGGACCCAGCAGCAGCAGCAGCAGCAGCAGCAACCUACAUCCACGCCAACUUUAAAUCAGCUUUUGACAUCCCCCAGCUCGGCCAGGAGCUACCCGAACUACCCCCAAGGAGACUAUAACAAUCAGGAAGGAGCCACAAGCAAAGGGCCAGGAGACAUGGGCAGUCAGUAUGGUGGGGUCCAUCCGGGUUGGCAACAAAGGGCCCACCACCAGCCUCCCAUGAGCCCGGGGAACACUGGACAGCCUCCCAGCAGAAACCAGCCUCCAAGCCCAAUGGACCAGGUCGGGAAGAUGCGUGGGCAGCAAUAUGGAGGACCAAACCCCUACUCCCAGCAGCAGCAAGGGGCUCCCACGGGGCCCGGACCCCAACAGGGAGGCUCCUACCCGGGUCAGGGCUACGGACCUCCGGGCCCUCAGAGAUAUCCUAUGGCGAUGCAGAACCGGACACCGGGCGCUAUGGGCGGCAUGCAGUACGGACAGCAGAUGUCAGCCUAUGGCCAACAGGGGCCAGGUGGCUACAGCCAGCAGAGCCAGGGCUACUAUGGUCAGCACGGGCCCCCUCACCCCGGCCAGCAACAGCCUCCGUACUCCGGUCAACCCCAGGGCAGCUCUGGAGCUCCCUACCCCCAACAGGGCCACCCAGCGCAGCCCACUGGCCAACACGGGCAGCCUGGACCCCCCUACCAACAAUCCCAAGGUCCACACGGUCCUUCUCCAGGUCAGCCUCCUUAUAGUCAGCCCCCACAGUCUCAGCCAGGACAGCCACCCUACGUCCCGCCCCAGCAACAGCAGCAGCAGCAGCAGCCGCAGCAGCAGCAGCAGCAGCCGCAGCAGCCCCAACAGCAGCAGCAGGGACCGGGUCCACAAAGUCAGCAGGGCCCUCAGGGGCAGCCUGGGUACCAACAGCCCCCUGGACCGGGGCAACCACCACAGCAGCAAACCCCGCAGCAGCCGCAGCAAGGGCCUCCGCAACCACAACAGCAACAACAACAACAACAACAACAACAACAGCAGCAGCAACAGGUGCAGCAGCAACAACAACAACAACAACAACAGGCGCAGCAGCAGCAACAGGCGCAGCAGCAGCAGCAGCAACAACAACAACAACAACAACAACAGCAGCAACAACAACCAGGAGGUCCGCCUCCUCAAGCCCAGCAACCUCCAGGUCACGGCCAGCAGGGUCAACCUUCACCUUACUCCCAGACACCUCCACUUCAGCAACCACCACAACAGCAGCAACAGUCACCAUAUCAGAGGUUCCCGCCUCCUCCACAGGAACUCUCCCAGGAUUCCUUUAGCUCCCAGUCCAGCGCUCCUCCUUCCAACCAGCCAAUGGCUUCCAACAAGAGCAGUCAAGAGGACAGCAUGCAGGGCCGGCCGUCCAGUCUGCCGGAUCUGUCAGGCUCCAUCGACGACCUGCCCACCGGUACGGAGGGGGCCCUGAGCCCCGGCGUCAGCACCUCAGGGGUAUCCAGCAGUCAGGGCGAGCAGAGCAAUCCCGCCCAGUCGCCCUUCUCGCCGCACACUUCGCCCCACCUGCCCGGCAUUCGUGGGCCCUCGCCAUCGCCCGUGGGUUCCCCCGCCAGCGUCACCCCCUCCCGCACAGGCCCUCUGUCCCCUGCUGCUGUGCCAGGUAAAGACGGUAAUCAGAUGCCUCCGCGGCCGCCCAGCGUCCAGUCAGACACCAUCAUGCACUCUUCCAUGAACCAGUCAGCCAUGGGCCAGGAAAGAGUGUACAUGCGUAACCCUCAGAUGCCUCCCUACGGGUCCCCUGGGCAACCUGGCUCCGCCUUAUCUCCACGCCAGUCUUCGGGAGGCCAGAUGCAUGCUGGGAUGGGACCAUAUCCCCAGAACAACUCCAUGGGGAACUACGGGCCUCAGGGUGGGCAGUAUGGUCCACAAGGCUACCCGAGGCAGCCCGGCUACACAGGGAUGCCCAAUGCCAACUACCCCGCCGGUCCCGGCAUGAGCGGCUCCAUGAACCCCAUGCCUGGUCAGGGCAGCGGGGCUCCGUACGGCAGCAUCCCGCCAGGCAGAAUAGGCCCGGGGCAGAUGGGAGCUCGGCCCUUCGGUCCUGCGAUGGCCUCAAACAUGGCCGGCAUGCCUCCUCAGGUGGCGUCCGGGAUGUGUCCCCCUCCGGCCAUGAACAGGAAGGACGGCGGCCCCUCCAUGCACCACGGGCCCACAAACUCCAUACACAACAGGCCUCCUGGCUACCCUAACAUGUCCCAAGGCAUGAUGGGAACAGGCUCUCCAUACGGCCCUGGCAUGAACAGCAUGCACGGUAUGAUGAACCAGGGAGGGCCUGGGCCUUACCCAAUGGGAGCAAAUAUAGCCAACAACACUCCUGGAAUGGCUCCCAGUUCGGAGUUUGGCAUGGAAAAAAUAAACCCUACCCAGAAGAUAAACAACAAAGUGGAGGGGACUCCUAAGCCUGAAUCCAAAAAGAAGUCGAGCUCUUCUACCAUCACCAACGAGAAGAUCACUCGUCUGUACGAGCUCGGUCCAGAGCCAGAGAGGAAGAUGUGGGUGGAUCGAUUCCUGGCCUUCGCUGAGGAGAAGGCCAUGGGCAUGAACAACCUGCCCGCAGUCGGACGCAAGCCUCUGGAUCUCUUCAGGCUCUACGUGUCCGUCAAAGAGAUCGGCGGCCUCACACAGGUGAACAAGAACAAGAAGUGGAGGGAGCUGGCCACCAACCUGAACGUGGGCACGUCGAGCAGCGCGGCCAGUUCGCUUAAGAAACAGUACAUCCAGUGUUUGUACGCCUUCGAGUGCAAGAUUGAGCGUGGCGAAGACCCGCCCGCGGACUUCUUCAACACGGACACCAAAAAGAACCAGCCGAAGGUCCAGCCUCCCAGCCCAGCCGGCUCCGGAUCCCUGCAAGGACCCCAGACUCCUCAGUCCACCAGUAGUUCGAUGGCAGAAGGUGGAGACCUGAAGCCCCCGACCCCGGCCUCCACCCCGCACACGCAAAUGCCUCCAAUACCUGGCGCCAGGAGUAGCAGCGUUAAUCUGCAGGACCCAUUUGCGGAUGGCGGAGACCCAGCGUUUUCCAGAAGGAACGCCUUGACUCCCAAUUCACAGGGCUACCAGCCCGGGAUGGGCGGCCCCGAGAUGAUAGGUCGAAUGGGCCCCUACGAGUCCAACAAGGACCCCUUCGGUGGCAUGAGGAAAGCUGGAGAGCAGUUCAUGCAACCAGGACCCAACAGUGGGAUGGCAGAACAGUAUAACAGAGGUCCACCAGGCCCUAUGGGCAACAUGCAGAUGGGCCAGAGGCAACAGUACCCUUACGGAUACGACAGAAGACCGGAGCCGGGCAUUGGCCCUGACGGCACUAUGGGACCAGGAGCUCCUCAGCCCAACAUGAUGCCUUCUGGUGCCGACACAGGGAUGUACUCGCCCAGCCGCCCUCCACCACAGCAACGGCAUGAAUCCUAUACCAAUCAGUACCCUGGCCAAGGAGCUCCCCCUGGUGGUCCUUACCCAAAUCAACAGCCAGGAAUGUAUCCUCAGCAGCAACCGAACUACAAGCGUCCCGUGGAUGGAGGGUACGGUCCUCCUGCCAAACGCCACGAGGGAGAAAUGUACAAUGUCCCCUACAGUGGUCAGCAGCAGCCAGGACCCCAGUCCUCGGGGCCCCAGGGCCAACAGGACAUGUACAACCAAUAUAAUGCAUAUCCUGGAGCGGACCGCAGACCACCAGGCCCUCAGAACCAGUUCCCAUUCCCCUUUGGACGGGACAGAGUACCUUCAUCUGCGGGCCCUAACUCCCAGUCUCCAAUGCCUCCCCAAAUGAUGUCAAGCCCCAUGCCUUCGGGUCCUGAUGGCCCCCAGGGCCCAAUGUGGCAGGGUCGCAAUGAGAUGGGCUACCCUAACUAUCCCAACAGACAGGGACCUCCCGUACCAGGCCAGGGGCCCGGCUACCACAGCAUGAACCGCUCAGAGGAGAUGAUGCCAUCAGACCAACGCAUGAACCACGAGGGUCAGUGGCCCGGCCACGUCAACCAGCGGCAGCCGCCCUUUGGCCCAGGUGGGUCUGGACCUCCCAUGACCAGACCCCUGCCAUCCACCUACCAGACUUCCCAGAACCACAUUCCUCAGGUGGCAAGCCCGACACCGAUGCCCCGGCCCAUGGAAAGCAGGACGUCGCCCAGCAAGUCCCCCUACAUGCAUCCAGGGAUUAAGGUGCAGAAAGCUGGACCGCCAGUACCCGCCUCCCACAUUGGCCAGGCCCCAGUGCAGCAACCCAUGAUCAGGCGAGACGUGGCCUUCCCUCCCGGCUCUGUGGAGGCCUCCCCACCCCAUCUCAAACCUCGCAGACGGCUCACCAUGAAAGACAUUGGCACUCCUGAGGCUUGGAGAGUGAUGAUGUCACUAAAGUCCGGCUUACUAGCUGAAAGCACCUGGGCCUUGGACACCAUUAACAUUUUACUGUAUGAUGACAAUAGCAUUACUACUUUUAACUUAUGCCAGCUUCCUGGUUUCCUGGAGCUGGUGGUGGAGUACUUCAGACGCUGCCUCAUCGAGAUCUUUGGCAUCUUAAAGGAGUACGAAGUAGGAGACCCCGGCCAGCGCACCCUCAUAGACCCCAACGCGGCCGAGGAUCCUGACGACGAAAUCCCCAUGCCUGAGGGCGAGGACAUGGACGUGGACGAAGACGACGAGGAGGACGAGGAGGCGGAGGAAACCAAGGCCAAUUCUGACGGCCCCUUACUGGUCCAGGUGAAACAGGAGGAGGAGAGCUCACACAAACACACGUCUUCAGAGGACGAGGAUGAGGAGAAGGAGAGGGAGUCCUCUAUCAAGGAGCCCAAUACCUCUACCUCAGGGUCCUCCCAGGAUCCCGGCCUCCACUCGGAAAAGCCCAAGCAGGCUAGCAAGUUUGAUAAACUUCCCAUCAAGGUGGUGCGGAAGAAGAAUCCCUUCCUUGUGAACCACUCGUCCAAGCUUGGGCAGCGGCAGAGCUUCGACAGCGGCCUGACACACUGGAGCAUCGGCGGCGGUGACACUACCGAACACAUCCAGACCCACUUUGAGAGCCGGAUGGACCUUCUCAAGCAGCGGAAACGCAAGCAAGCCGCAACCGAGAGCCGCAAGAAGGUCCAGGCGACCGAGACUGUGACAGAAAACUCCGACAAAUCCAAGUCCAACGGGGAGAGUAAGACUCGGCAGCAGCUGCCCGAGUCUUCCGAACCUCAGAAGUCUCCAGCGGCGAAGACUCCUCCUCCUCCUCCUCCUCCUCUUCCCAUUGGUGCACCAGUCACUGCCACUAUCGAUGAUGUGCUAUCUGCCCGCCCGGGGUCGGUCACAGAGGAAGUGGUCCGUGGAGGCGCAGAGGAGCAGAAGGAGAACGGCAAGUACCUGUUCAGCAUCAACCCGGACCUCCAGAGCCGGCGCAACAUCAAGAUCCUGGAGGACGAGCCUCACAGCAAGGACGAGACGCCGCUCAGCACUCUGUCGGACUGGCAGGACUCGCUAGCUCGGCGCUGCAUCUGCAUUUCCAACAUCGUGCGCAGCCUCUCGUUCGUCCCCGGUAACGACCUGGAGAUGUCCAAACACCCGGGCCUCCUGCUGCUGCUGGGCCGCCUGGUGCUGCUCCACCACAGGCACCCCGAACGCAAACAGGCCCCGGUCACCUACGAGAAGGAGGACGAGGAGGACGAAGGCGUAAGCUGCGAGAGAGACGAGUGGUGGUGGGACUGCCUCGAGGUGUUGAGGGAGAACUGCCUCGUCACUCUGGCGAACAUCUCAGGCCAGCUGGACCUUUCUAUCUAUCCAGAGAGCAUAUGCCUGCCGCUGCUGGAUGGCCUGCUCCACUGGGCCGUCUGCCCCUCAGCGGAGGCCCUGGACCCCUUCCCCACGCUGGGGCCCCACGGCUCACUUUCCCCCCAGAGACUGGUCCUCGAGACCCUCAGCAAGCUCAGCAUCCAGGACAACAACGUCGACCUCAUACUGGCAACGCCGCCGUUCAGCCGCUUGGAGAAGCUGUACGGCUCGCUGGUGCGCUUGGUCGGUGAGCGCAAAGUGGCCGUGUGCCGAGAAAUGGCCGUCGUCCUAUUGGCCAACUUGGCCCAGGGCGACAGCCUAGCGGCGCGGGCCAUUGCCGUGCAGAAAGCCAGCGUGGGUAACCUGUUGGGCUUCCUGGAGGACAGCCUAGCUGCCACACAGUACCAGCAGAGCCAGAGCUCCCUGCUGCAAAUGCAGGGAGGACCUCAGUUUGAGCCCACCAGUGUGGACAUGAUGCGGCGGGCGGCCCGGGCCCUGCACGCCCUGGCUAAGGUGGACGAAAACCACUCGGAGUUCACGUUGUACGAGUCGAGGCUACUGGACAUCUCCGUGUCCCCACUUAUGAACUCUCUGGUGUCCCAAGUGAUCUGUGACGUACUGUUUCUGAUCGGCCAGUCAUGACAGCCGUGGGGAGGUUUCAGCUCCGCCUCUUUCCGUUCCCCUUCGCCCUCACCCCUUUUUUUUGUGUGCGUGCGUGUGUCUGUUGCGUGUGAGUGAAAAGAGCAAAACUGACUGUCCUUUUUUUGUUUUUGUUUUAUUUAUGCAAAAUCACCUCGGAUUCCACUGUCUUUCUACCCCCUGCUUCUCACUAAAGGAAGGAAUAUCAUGAAGUAGCUGUGGAUUUUAAACGUCUAAAAAUGGAAAGAUACUGACAAAGAAGAGCAGAUUUGGGACCCAGGCAUAGGACAGAGUGUUGCUGCCCUGCAGAAAGGACUUGUUUUUUAAUGAAAAGAAAAAUCUCCAGAAAAAAAAAAAAGAAGAAACUGUAACCAAAGUUGCUGUCUCGUUUACAGUGAGUUUUGGGGGAUACAUGUGCUCGCUUUCUCCCUUUGGUGGGGGGGAGGUCGGCAGGGGGAAGAGGGCACGGACUAAACAAUAUGAUGGUUCAUGUUUGGAGGCUACAUAGACUCACGGACUGUGGUGUGGUAUAAUUGCUGUAACUUUGGAUGCUAUAUACUCAGCCCCACAGGAACCACAUUAUUGGCUGUGAACAGACACUUGUCAUGGGAGGCCUGUGCAGUAGAUUGUAGGACUUUUUUUCUGUACUGUACACCUUAAAAACUGUAAACAUACUGUAAUAAUACUGUUUCACACUGAGAUACGCUGGCUUGGCAGCAAACUGUAGUUUUUAAAAACAGUUUUAGUUAAUGUCGAAAGAGAGAAAACGGCUUUCCCCCAAAGUAUGGUGAACCUACAACACCCCGACCUCUUCUCUUUGUCCCUUGAUUGUAUGACUUGACCCUUAUAUUAAAAAGUCACCUCUUUAGGACUGGUCCUCAACUCUAGAUGCAGUCCAAGCUGCAGUGUAUAUAUGAUGUUGUACAUUACACUCUCUCUCUCUCUCUCUCUCUCUCUUUCUCAACUUCUGUUGGCUCUUCACCAUUUUUAAUCUUUGACGAUUACAAGUUUUCCCCCUGCAUCAAGUACGCCAUGUGAUUACUUGACGGCUACCCUCCCCGUUACUUAGGCGCCUCACCCUGCUCGUAUCGCGCUCCGGGGGUGUUUAGCUGCUGUCCAAACGCCACCCCCACCCCCACCCCCACCCCC